GACUACUUCCACUUUACUUCCCCCGGGAUAAACAUGAGGAAGAAGUUGCAGUGUCGAAGCUUCCUGCGGAUGUUGGGGAUGAGAAUGGUGAGACAAUAUUAGAUGAACGGAAAAUCAGAAUCAAACCUUUGCCUGCUGUAACUAGUACAGCUCCUAAACCCCCCAUGGAUGUAGCAGAUCUUCCUGUCAGUGGUGUUGGAUUGACAAUGAGACGGAAUUCAUCAUAUUUGCAAUCCUAUCUGGAUCCUGCAUUUAUGUCCCUGAUGAAAGAUCCUGAUCAGAGGCGCAAGGAGCAGUGGGAGAAAGCUGCUCAAGCACAGAGCAGUUUUAAUUGUGCUAAAUUGCUUGGGUUUGGUGAUCUUGGUGGCCCUCCUUUGUCUGCUGCUGAAGAAUAUUCACUUCAUUCUAGAUACCUCGCUAAAGCAAAUUCUCUUAAUCUUUCUGAAAUUGCAGAAAUGAAGAUUGUAUAUCGUGGUGGUGUAGACAGUGAGGGGCGUCCUGUAAUGGUUGUUGUGGGCGCUCAUUUUCUGCUUCGUUGUCUUGAUCUAGAGCGGUUUGUGCUUUACAUAGUAAAGGAGUUUGAGCCCAUAAUACAGAAGCCUUACACUAUUGUUUACUUCCACUCUGCAGCGUCCUUACAAGUUCAACCAGACCUGGGGUGGAUGAGGAGAAUGCAACAAAUUCUUGGUCGGAAGCACCAGCGAAACCUGCAUGCAAUAUAUGUACUUCAUCCAACGUUUGGAUUGAAGGCAGCAAUUCUUGCUCUGCAAUUGUUUGUAGAUGCUGUGGUGUGGAAGAAAGUUGUAUAUGUCGAUCGACUUCUGCAGCUAUUCAGAUACGUUCCUCGUGAGCAGUUGACCAUCCCUGAUUUUGUGUUCCAGCAUGACCUUGAAGUCAAUGGAGGAAAGGGUCUUAUUGUGGACCCUAGAACAAAAUACAUAUAUCAGCGACCAUAGAGAUGUCAUUCACACUGCAUAAGCAGGCAAUCAAGUGGUUUAAGCCGAGCAUGAUCUGAAUUUCAGUUAUUCGCUCUCCUCUGUAGUUUUUUUUUUUUUUUUUUAAAUUUAAUGUUCUUUAAAAUUUCAUAAAAUGGAAUAAAUGCCUUUUCGUUUCUGUAUACUAGGUGAUUCCCUCAUCCCCCAAACCUUAGGUACGAGGAUGGUUGAAGGCUGAAGGUUGAAGAUUGGUUUUUCUGA